AUGUCAGACCAGGCUGAUUUAUCUCUUGCAGAAGAGUUGGGUACAAAUAUACCGCUGUACCUAAGAAUGAGUGCUGCAACGACAGCUACCCAACUCCAGCCCAUGUCUGUUCCACAGCAAUACCAAGUUACUCCUCUUAACACGCCCCUGAAGCUCCCUUUCGAUGGAGCCAACUUUGCGCAGCCACGUCUUUGCAGGGGUCUUUGUUUCUCGGCUGCAAAUGCCUGGUAUUCGAAGAAUCACUUCGCUGAAGACAAUCAGUGUAGCAAUCUCUUUGCAAUGGCAGAAGAAACCAGACGACUUCUUAUGCCCGAACUGCUUCACAUAUGGGCCACUGCAUCUUUCUGGGAUUUAGGAGUUCUUGGUAAGAUCAAUUUGGCUGACGCAAGUCUUGCAGUCGAAUUGAGAAUGUCUGGAUGGCCAAAAGAUGAAAAUGGCAGUAAAAUGAUUGACCUUUACCCAACUAUCUGGCUUAAGACUGCGGACAAAGUUGUCAAAGCAAAAUCUCCCUGGAAGGAGAUUGCGGCUGUUAUCAAGAAGCUCAGACUAAAUUCUCCACAGAACGCCAAGAUAUUCGUCGAAGGUGGUGGGAGAUUGAGUGAUAGCAACGUCUCUGUUGCUAAAGAGCAUCUGACUUUGGAUAGAGGCAUCCCUUUCCCCAGUGGCGAGGCCUUGUACUGUCAUGUUCCAGCGACGCCGGAGAGGAGCUCUGCCUGUGGUCUGCCUUGCCUCGUCACGAUUAUGAAGGAUGAGACAGUCUUGGAGCAGAACAUUUCUCGAAUUGGGGGGCUCGUUACUUACAUGUUCCCGAGACAAGCCGUAACGUCUGGUCAUGUCAUGACGAAAUACUUUCUCAAGUUUUGCGCUCGGGAUACUUCUUCGGACGACUUGACAGACGACAGCGCAAUCGAAAUGGAAGACUCUGACGAAAGCGAAUGCGAGCUGGUUCAAAACUACGAAAGCGAUCACGAUCCAGAAGAAUCACUGGGCUACAUUGAUGUCACUGAAUCAACAGAUUGGCUUUCUGUUGUGCCCGAGGAUAACAUCAAUUUUAUUAUUCAACUCUCCAAAGACACAGCGCAAACAUCAGUAUGGAAAAUCAACACAUCACGACCGAUCCCGACCGAUUUUGCUCUGCUAUCUGGUAUUGCUAACUGGAAACCCGAUAACUACUAUGUCGACCCUCCAGCGCAGGGAGCAUCAUCCGAUACAUCAGCCAGAGGGAAGAAGAAGUGUGUGUCUGGCUACCAUAACGAUGAAUCUUUAGGGGCAAGAGAAGUCCUCAUAUUGGUUAAUCAAGAGUUUGAAAGCCUUGUCGGAUCCCUUCAAACUGCCAGGAUACCUCUUAUAAUUGGCAGCACAACACUUUGGACUCGGAAAAUCCGUCUACAAGGACCAUUAGCACCUGGCACAUCUGGAUCUUGGGUCGUUGAUAGAGUGUCAGGAGCAUUGUGCGGGUCGAUCAUUAUGGUUUAUGACGGUGAGCCAUAUGCGCUGAUGAUCACUGCCCAGGCCCUUCUGUCCGACAUCAAAACUUACUCUAACAUGGCCGCCAAUAAAACGAUAUCUCCAACAGUAUUGGAGUCAACGCGAGGCAAAGUGCAAGAACGUCAACCAGUCGUUACCGAAGAGAUUCGCAAGCUAUCUCUAAAGGUCAGUAUCAAUUGA